GACUUUUCUGGGGCAAAGUGCAAGAGUUGAGACUGUGAGUCCAAUACAAGGGCUGGGAGCUGGCUUAAUGGUGGAACUUUCUUGACAACCGGGACAAACCGUCACAGAAAACCACAAUGUACUUCGAGGAGGAUUAUGAAACCAGUAGGAGGUGGUUCAAACCCAUUCCAACAUCUGGAGAAGAGUUCAGUGCUGCAGGAGGCUCGACUUUUUAACGAAACUCCAAUCAAUCCUCGGAAAUGUGCUCACAUAUUGACCAAGAUUCUGUACCUGAUAAACCAGGGGGAGCACUUGGGUACAAUGGAGGCCACGGAGGCAUUCUUUGCCAUGACAAAACUCUUCCAAUCCAACGAUCCCACCCUGAGACGGAUGUGCUACCUGACGAUCAAAGAGAUGUCCAACAUUGCCGAGGAUGUCAUCAUCGUGACCAGCAGUUUGACAAAAGACAUGACUGGAAAGGACGACAAUUACCGAGGCUCUGCUGUUCGAGCGCUGUGUAAAAUUACUGAUAGCACCAUGCUGCAGGCCAUUGAACGCUACAUGAAGCAGGCAAUUGUUGACAAAGUGCCUAGCGUCUCCAGCUCUGCGCUACUGUCCUCACUGCACUUGCUAAAGAGCAGCUUCGAUGUGGUGAAGCGCUGGGUGAACGAGGCUCAGGAGGCUGCCUCCAGUGACAACAUUAUGGUCCAAUAUCACGCUCUGGGCUUACUCUACCACGUCCGGAAAAACGACCGGCUCGCUGUCAGCAAGAUGGUGAGCAAGUUUGCGCGCCAAGGGCUGAAGUCACCAUUUGCCUACUGUUUGAUGAUCCGAGUUGCCAGUAAACUGCUGGAGGAGGAUGAGGGAAGCCGUGACAGCCCUCUGUUUGACUUCAUCGAGAGCUGCCUGAGGAACAAGCACGAGAUGGUUGUGUAUGAGGCAGCCUCCGCCAUCGUCAACCUGCCGAGCUGUUCCGCCAAAGAGCUGGCACCUGCCGUUUCGGUUCUGCAGUUGUUUUGCAGUUCUCCUAAGCCAGCCCUGAGAUAUGCAGCAGUCAGGACACUCAAUAAGGUGGCAAUGAAGCAUCCUUCAGCCGUGACCGCCUGCAACCUGGACCUGGAGAACUUGGUGACGGACUCAAACCGCAGCAUUGCCACCCUGGCCAUCACUACCCUGCUGAAAACCGGCAGUGAAAGCAGCAUCGACCGACUCAUGAAACAGAUCUCCUCCUUCAUGUCGGAAAUCUCCGACGAGUUCAAGGUUGUGGUUGUGCAGGCGAUCAGCUCCCUGUGUCAGAAAUACCCCAGGAAGCAUGCAGUGAUGAUGAACUUCCUGUUCACCAUGCUCCGGGAAGAGGUAGCCACCAACAAGGGUGGAUUUGAGUACAAGAGAGCCAUCGUCGACUGCAUUAUCAGCAUCAUUGAGGAGAACCCAGAGAGCAAGGACACGGGGUUGGCUCACCUGUGUGAGUUCAUCGAGGACUGCGAGUUCACUGUUCUGGCCACACGGAUCCUUCACUUGCUCGGAAGGGAAGGUCCCAGGACUCCCAACCCUUCAAAGUAUAUUCGCUUCAUCUACAACAGGGUUAUCCUAGAGAACGAGGAGGUGCGGGCAGCUGCUGUGAGCGCCCUAGCGAAGUUUGGUGCCCAGAAUGACGACAUGUUCCCCAGCAUAAGCGUAUUGCUGAGGAGAUGUAUGAUGGACGAUGAUAAUGAGGUUCGGGAUCGAGCCACGUUCUACCUGAGUGUGCUGGAACACAAGCAGAAACCUUUGAACUCUGCCUACAUCCUGAACGGUCUACAAGUGUCAAUUCCUGGCCUUGAGAGGGCAUUGCAUCAGUACACAUUGGACCCAUCCGAAAAGCCAUUUGACCUGAAAUCUGUGCCCCUUUCAACUACUCCCAUCUGCGACCAGAAGGCUGACGUAACAACCGCUUCAGUCAAAAUGCCUGAAAAAGUGGCAUCAGCCAGGCAGGACAUUUUCCAAGAACAGCUGGCAUCCAUCCCGGAGUUCCAGGGGAUUGGCCCGCUCUUCAAGUCCUCGCCCACCCCGGUCCCGCUCACCGAAUCCGAGACAGAAUACGUUGUCCGCUGUACCAAGCAUACCUUCACAAACCAUAUCGUGUUCCAGUUUGAUUGCACAAACACUCUUAACGACCAGAUCCUGGAGAAAGUAACGGUACAGAUGGAGCCCACAGAGGGUUAUGAAGUGGUGUGCUUUAUCCCAGCAACUUGCCUGUCCUACAACCAGCCGGGCAUCUGUUACACAUUGGUGGCACUGCCAGAGGAUGACCCAAUUGCAGUAUCCUGCACGUUCAGCUGUACUUUGAAAUUCACGGUUAAGGAUUGCGAUCCUAACACUGGAGAGGCUGAAGAGGAGGGAUAUGAAGAUGAGUAUGUGCUUGAAGAUGUAGAAAUCACAGUGGCAGACCACAUGCAGAAAGUUCUGAAACCGAGCUUCAGUGCUGCUUGGGAGGAAGUAGGAGAUGACUUUGAGAAAGAAGAAACUUUUGCUCUUUCCAGCAUGAAAUCACUAGAAGAGGCUGUAAAUAAUAUUGUUAACUUCCUGGGCAUGCAGCCAUGUGAACGGUCGGAUAAAGUCCCGGAGAAUAAGAACUCACACAUACUUUAUCUGGCAGGUGUUUUCAGAGGUGGCCACGAUAUCCUGGUCAGGGCACGGCUCGCACUGAUGGACGGGGUCACAAUGCAAGUGACUGCCCGAAGCAAGGAUGAAGUUCCUGUUGACGUUGUCAUGGCUUCUGUGGGUUAACUUCUUCUGUGAAGAAGCGUAUUGGCAACACUAAGGGAAAGGAAGGAUGCUGAGGAAGUGGAAACUGCAAAGAAUCGUCUCUUUAAUUAUGGGGAAAAAUGUUAGUUAUUCUAUCGUUUCCGAAAUAAACUCUGGGCAAAAAUGUUCCAAUUUACAGAUUUUGCUUCUUGGCAAUUGCUGUUAAGAUUCUGAACAGGUGCAUUUGUUUUGUACCAGGAUGGUGGCUGUUUCUGAACCUUGUGAGGUUCAGAAACAGCCACCAUCCGCAAACGGCAUCUCACCUGGGAACAUUAUAAAAUAGCAGUCAGGGAAAUAUAUAUAUAUAUUAUAUAAAAACUGCAUCAUGAGCACAACUACUAAAGACAUUUCCAGAAAGCUUGUCUUAUGGUACUUUCUAUCUAUCUUGUUUCAGCUUUGAAAUGUGGAGGAAAUAAAGUUGUGUUUAACCAGCUUUAUUUUUAAAUCAACAUUAUUUACUUAUUAAAGAUUAAUCUAAAAGCC